AUGGCAGAACUGUCACAGCCUACCCAACAGGCGACACAACAGGCGACACAACCUGUCGACGACCCACGAAAGCUGGGAAAGAAUUCAUCUAAUGUCUCCGAGGGCGAUGCGAUAGAUGUCAUAUGUCUGCUGCAUCCAACUUCUCCGGCUGCUUUUGAGGCGGUCAAGUCGAACCUACUCCGCGGGCGAGCCCACAUCUUACAGAACGGUGACUUGGAAGGACUCAGUGAGGACGAUAUACUGUUUGGGCCAGAGUUCAAUCAACCCCGGGACAUAGCUCUCCGCAUAUCCUCCUCUGUCAAGGAUCCCAAAGACGGAUUCCGGUUCGGCCGUGCCAGCCAACAAUGUGACGUGCUCCUGACACCCUACGAGAACGACAAAUUGGUUAGCAAGAUUCAUUUCAAGAUCUUUGUCAACAACCAGGGCAGCCUUAUGCUUCAGGACCUGUCCACCAACGGCACCAUUGUUGAUGAUGUGCAUAUUGCACAAAAGAAUCGACGUGGCCAGACCACGCUCAAACCAGCCACCAUCGUCCUUAAACAUGGGUCGAUCAUUUCAGUUGUCAGCGGCAUUGAUCGCCAAGAGGUCAAAUUGAUGGUCCGGAUACCCACACGUGGUGACAAUGAAGAGGCAUACGAGGACAACCUGAGAAGAUAUCUCUCAGCUAGAGGGGAGGUUGCUCAAUUCGCUUCCAUGCGAGAAAGCUCCUAUGGAAAUCACUGGAAUGGAGGCAGCCUCUACAACUUUACAGGCCUACUGGGCAAGGGAGCCUUUGCGACAGUGUAUCGAGUGCAGACCAAGAAAGAAGGUCACCUCUACGCGGCCAAGGAGCUCGACAAACGCCGGUUCAUCAAAAACGGAGUGCUGGACAUGAAGUUUGACAGUGAACUCAACAUUAUGAAAAACCUCAACCACCCUAACAUUGUCAACUACGUGGAUUGUCAGUCCUAUUCGCAUUGGAUAUACAUUCUGAUGGAAUUCGUGCCAUACGGCGAACUGUCGCAGGAGCUGCGCGCACUAGGCAAGAUUCCAGAGCCUGAUGUCCAGCAGAUUACGAAACAAAUACUGCAUGCCCUGGACUAUCUGCAUCGAAGAAACAUCACCCAUAGAGACAUCAAGCCCGACAACAUCCUGAUCUCGUCUCGAUCGCCUCUUGUCGUCAAACUUUCGGAUUUCGGCCUCUCAAAAUGCGUCACCGAUCAAGAGACUUUCCUCAAGACGUUUUGUGGGACACUUCUGUAUUGUGCACCAGAGGUGUACCCUGACUAUCCUACUUAUGCUCAAGGGGCAACGACCAAGAGACGCCGCUUUGGCGAGCCCCAGGCACGGCCAGCACCAUCUCCCUACGAUCAAUCAGUUGACAUGUGGUCAUUUGGGGCCGUCAUCUUCCACAUGCUAUGUGGCAAGCCUCCUAUUACUGGCAGAGGUGAUGACCGUGGGGCACAAAUGCUGAAUAAUAUCAUGACAAAGGAUGUGGACUUUGAUCCGCUUAGAGACAUUGGUGUGUCGGAUCAAGCCAUCGAUUUUAUAUCGAGGCUUCUCAACCGAAACCCUGCCUUGCGGCCAAAAGAAGUCGAAUGUUUGAAGCACCCCUGGCUCCGAGACAUCCCAGACAAUUGUGAAUAUGAUGACCUAGAAGAUGCUGGCCCUCCUUUGGAACGUCGGCUCGAUAUCGUCGAUGAAGUUGAUGAAGACCUCCUCGACGAUGAGUUGAUCAACAACCUCAAUCAAUUGACCCAGCCACCGUCAUCAAACCCUACUCCUGACCGGCCAACAAAGCGACCGAGGACUGCAGCAGACAUUGCACCGUCACCAGGAGACGUCACCUAUCCUAGUCUACCGGGACCUGGAGAGAGCUUUCUCCCCAUGCCGUCGGCACCACCUGCGCAGCGUCUUUUUGGCGAGAUAUCGCAAUCUGUACUGCGCAGUUCUGGCGUCUUCGGCGGUGAACUGCCCCCUCCUGUAUACGCCGAUGUUCACGACAUCCGGAACCGAGUUGAACAGAUUAGCGUGAACGACUUUGCUUCUCGUGGGGAUCUGGAACAAAGUGCAGACAAUUCGGGGCAACCUCUUCACUACCCGCGCCUCUUGGAGGUCCCGCGGGCGCAUGCUGGUUCGGCAGCAAGCCUACUCGGUGCCGAACAGCAAAUCGGCCAGCUCAACAUGGCUUCUCCCGAACUGGAUGUGUCUAAUCCCGCAACACCGGAGACAGCAAACCCCAUGACUCCACAGACUCGUGAAAUGUCUCCUUCAGGCGCCACCAGUCAUAAUGCUGACACCGAAGUGGAUGAUGCUGCUCAAGGAUAUGGGGAACCGGUAUUCACACGUCAGAUUGACCUUGGUCUCAUCUCGGAUCCCGCGCAAUUCGAGGCCGAACUUGAAGCGCGCAAUGCAUCAAGAGCUGCGAAGCUUUCUCGAGCCAAGGCCGAAACAUUCCAUGGCAAUGUCAAUGCCAGAACCCAGUUACCCUCCUUUGAACUUGCAGCUACGAUCGACGCAAGAACUGGGCAGGAAGUCAGACCGACCGCCGUCACGCAACGUCUUAUCCGGGAACCGCACGAAGUGAGAGACACCGCGGGCAUGGACUCUGCAACGACGCAGUUCCUGAAGCCUUCCAAGCGGUAUGGGAAGCUUUCCAGUGUGCCAGGAUCCUUUGCCAAUGUCACAGUAAACCUGGAGCGACGAUUCACUUCCUGGGGCCGUGGCGUCGACUGUACCGUCCAGCAUGCCGACGUCAAGGACACCCGGAUACCAAAAUAUGCGAUGAAGAUCACCUACUGGGCGCCUGGAAUGGAAGCACAUAUCGAGCAAGGCGGGGACUGGACCCAGCUACCUGGAAUUCGAACCAUACUGUCGACAUCAGCGAGCGGUUGCAUCUGGGUCAACAAUGUCGAACUGCGCAAAGAAUCUCGGACCGGCGACGCCGCGCUUUUCGGAAAACUCUACACAGGCGAUGUUAUCACGAUUUAUGACGACGGAAAGGCACAGUACUUGAAAUUUCGUGUGGAGAUUACGUUUGGUGACAGUGCGCGACAACGCCCGAAGAGCGAGCCUGAUUUCGUCGUGCUGGAGGAGAGGUAUCACCAUCGUCGUAUGAAGGAACGCGAAAGCAUGCGGGUCAGCCGGACAGGGAACGGUGUAGGAUCUGGCUCGGCAGCGCGCGACAGUGCGCGUUGA